AUGGAAGUCGUAAUACGGUGCUCCCCUGCGUCUUCCUUGUCCUCAUGCAAGCCUACCAAUCGAGUUGGAAAGGGCAGAGUAAAAUCAGAUGAAGAGGACGAGGACGAGGAUGAUUCGGAACUUUUAAUUGAACCAGAAUAUUCUCACCUUCAGAGGAUUCAUGCUGGGUCAAUAUCCAAAAGAUCCAUACCAAUUAGGAAAUGCAUCAAAUUUGACAGUCUUAUAAAGCAAAAGACUGCCAAUAGUAUUUUGAUAGAAAAUCUUAGCCAAAUCGAGAAGAAAGAAGAGGAAAUUACCAUGUCAAUAUUGGAAAUUUCUCAACACAGCGAGCUAUUAUCAAAUUCUAAUAUUGUUAAAACGGAAUUGCAAAAGGAGCUUCAAUCGGAGGAUUCCAUUUAUACCGCCAUCUUACGAAAGUAUGAUGCUGAAUAUGAUUUCUCCAAAGAAAUCCCCGCCGAGGCCUCUUCUUUUAGGUCUCUUUCGCUCCUAAGCUCCCAAUCUGAUUGGGGAAGUGUCAAAACAAAGUUUCUGUUAAGCUCAUCUUCUCAAUGCAUCCCAAAGAAUAUAUUAUCCGGUAUGGAUUUCUAUACCUGGCUAAGCAAUAACAUCUCUAUUUAUUUUGAAACUCCGAACUUCGUUCUUAAACUUGCCAUUUCGGGCUCUAUCUUAAAGCUGCCUUUUCUGGAAAAAAGUCUGCUGCUCAAUCUCCAACGGUCCCUUAUUCAUCCUUUCUUAUUGUCUUUUUUUAAAAAGGAUGUUUAUUCAAAAUCUUUGGACCUGAGUGACGAUUCUUUUUUAUUGGAGUUUUAUACCCCAAUUGCCAUAUUUAAGACAGCAGAUAGCACACAUACGCAUUCAUUUUAUCUUGUUAGCAAUCCGGAAUUCCUUGCUAAUUUUACUGUAUAUUUACAAUCACACAUUCAUAUCGUUCAUUAUAUAUUAGAACAUAACUACAUCUCCAAAACUAGUGGGGACAAAUUCAUGGCUUUUGUUACAGAUAAACCCCGAAGCUCGCUGGAUAUAGCAAAAAAUGAGCUUGCUUGCUUCUUAAAGGCUCUUGCUUGCAGGUUGAAGCCCGGUUCAUUUAUUCCCCUGCAAGAGGUGAUUUUAAAUUAUGAAUCUUUGCUAUUAAAAUGA